AUGCCACCCCCAAAAAAAGCCUACACCUUAACCUUCACCGGCGACGUCAUGCUCGGCCGCCUAAUCGACCAACUCCUCCCAACCCACCUCCCCAACCAACCCAACUGGGACACCACAAUCACCAAUAUCCUCAAAACAACCCCAUCCCUAAACACCUACUCCUAUGUUUCCCCCUGGGGAACAGCCCUCCCCUUCCUCCACGCCUCAGAUCUCAAUAUCAUCAACCUCGAAACGGCCGUGACUACCGUGGACACGCCGUGGCCAAACAAAGCUUUCAAUUAUAGGAUGCAUCCCCGGAACCUAGAGGUUUUGCAAAAGGGGAGGAUUGAUUAUGUUAGCUUAGCGAAUAACCAUACGGUGGAUUUCGGGGUGACGGGGUUACAGGAGACGGUGGAGGCGGUUAGGGGGGUUGGGAUUAAGUUUGCGGGUGUAGGGGAUAGACCGGGGGAGGCUGCGGUUUUGGGGAUGGGUGGUUCUCUUUCCGAUUCUUCUUUUGCUGCUGGUGGGUCUGAAGGUACUGAAGGUGAUGUUGGUGGUGGUAGUAGGUGUGAGACAAAAGAGUAUAAGAUCCACAUCUACUCCGCCUCAGACCACCCACGCGUAUGGGCCGACAUCCCCCAGUUCAAUUUCAUAGAUUACUCUCCUGCCACACGCGCAAAGCUCAAGACCCUCCUUACCAGCGGGGAAGAGCCGGCGCUGAAGAUCUUCUCCGUGCACUGGGGACCUAACUAUGCGUGGCGGCCGGCCGGGGAGAUACGAGCACUGGCGCGGUUCCUGGUUGAUGAGUGCGGAGUUGAUAUUGUGCAUGGGCAUUCGGCGCAUCAUGUACAGGGGGUGGAGGUUUAUCGGGGACGGUUGAUUAUGUAUGGUUGUGGGGAUUUUGUGGAUGAUUAUGCGUUGAAUGGGGAGUUUAGGAAUGAUCUUGGAGCGCUUUGGAGGGUUUUGGUCUCUGAGGAUGGGAGGGGUGGGUUGUCGUUGGGGAGGUUGGAGGUUGUGCCGACUAGGUGUCGGUUGUUUGAGGUUGAGGUUCUUGGAGUGGAGGAUGAGGAUCAUGCUUGGGUUAGGGAGAGGGUGGGGGAGUUGAGUAGGGAGUUUGGGACUGUUGUUGAGGGGGAGUUGGGGAGGGAUGGGCAGGUUAUUGUGGAUUUGGGGUGA